AUGAAUCUUGAAAGCGAUGGAGCCACAUCUGAGAGCAUUUUUGAUUUGGACUAUGCUUCAUGGAAAAUUCGAUUAACACUAGCAGUAGCUGGUUUUUUCUUUUACCUGGGUGUCUUUGUUGUUUGCCACCAGCUGUCUUCUUCUUUGAAUGCCACUUAUCGCUCUUUAGUGGCCAAAGAAAAGGUUUUCUGGAACCUUGCAGCCACUCGUGCCGUCUUUGGUGUUCAGAGUACUGUUGCGGGUCUGUGGGCUUUGCUGGUAGACCCUGUUCUUCAUGCUGAUAAAGCACAUAACCAGCAGAACUGGUGCUGGUUUAAUGUUGCAACAGCAACUGGAUUCUUUUUCUUUGAAAAUGUAGCUGUUCACCUGUCCAACUUUUUUUUCUGGACGUUUGAUUUGUUUUUGGUUGUCCACCAUCUCUUUGCCUUUCUUGGAUUUCUUGGUUCAUUGAUCAAUCUCAAAGCUGGCCACUAUCUAGCUAUGAUCACAUUGCUCUUGGAGAUGAGCACUCCCUUCACUUGCAUCUCCUGGAUGCUCUUAAAGGCCGGAUGGUCGGAUUCUCUAUUUUGGAAGCUAAAUCAGUGGCUAAUGAUUCACAUGUUUCAUUGCCGCAUGAUUUUAACCUACCACAUGUGGUGGGUAUGUUUUUGGCACUGGGAUGGUUUGAUCAACAGUCUUUAUCUGCCUCAUUUUUUGCUCUUCCUUACUGGAUUGGCCCUCCUUACACUAAUAAUUAAUCCAUAUUGGACCAAUAAGAAGACUCAACAACUGCUCAGUCCAGUGGAUUGGAACUUUGCACAACCAGAAGCAAAAAACAGUCAGCCUGAAAGGACCAAUGGUCAAGUACUCCUGAAGAAGCAGCAGUAG